UAGCCUUGAUCUCCAUGUUCAUCGGAACAUCUGUUACCGCGACACAUACAAAUAGACCGCGAUUAAGCAUUCUGACCGAAAAGCCAGACUAUGUGCCCCUUACUCCUGAUUUUGUAUUCUAUAACUAUACACAAACCCUUGACCAUUUCAACUACAAGCCCGAAAGUUACAUGACGUUCCAACAACGAUAUAUAGUAAAUUCCAAAUAUUGGGGCGGGUCCAACACGAGUUCACCAAUCUUUGUUUAUAUGGGCGCCGAAGCAGAUGUUACUUUCCAAGUGUCCGUUAGUGGAUUUUUUGAGAUUCUAGCUUCGCAGUUCCAUGGUCUCUUGGUGUACAUAGAGCAUCGAUACUAUGGGACAUCAAUGCCAUUUGGAUCCAAAGAGGAAGCAUAUAAGGAUUCCAAUAAUCUUGGAUUCUUUAGCUCGGAACAAGCUUUAGCAGACUAUGCUCAAAUAAUUCUUAAUCUUAAGCAAAAUUUAUCUGCAACACAUUGUCCUGUUAUAGUUGUUGGAGGAUCCUACGGUGGAAUGUUAGCCUCAUGGUUUCGUUUGAAGUAUCCACACAUCGCUUAUGGUGCAUUGGCAGCAUCUGCCCCAAUUCUCUAUUUCAAAGAUCUCACUCCUGAAAACGGAUAUGCCCGUGUGGUUUCUAAUGAUUUCAAUAGUACAAGUGAAACUUGCUACAAAACCAUUAAAGAUUCUUGGGGCGAAAUUGAUAGGGUUGCUGCUCAGCCAAAUGGGCUUUCGACCCUUUCUCAAAUAUUCAACACUUGCUUGCCAUUGAACACGUCACAAGAGCUCAAAGACAAUUUGGAGCAUCGAUAUAAAUAUAUGGCUCAGUAUAACGAAGAUAAUUCCUUACUUACGUUCUGCAAUGCAACUAAUAAUAAUGAAUACGUUCUCAAUAAGGUUAUGGCGGGAUACAACGCCGUGUAUGGGCAAUUAUGUAAUCGAGUUUCAUCAUACAGUCGAAGCAAGGAUUUCGGAUGGGACUGGCAGUCAUGCACCGAAAUGGUAAUGCCAAUGGGGCGUGGUGAAAAUGAUACGAUGUUUCAAGCGAAGCCGUUCGAUAUGGUUAACUAUACAAAAGAAUGUGAGCAAGUGUUUGGUGUUACACCAAGACCUUAUUGGGCACCAAUAGAGUUUGGAGGGCAUGAUAUUAAAAAUGUGUUGAACAAAUUUGCAAGUAACAUCAUAUUUUCCAAUGGGUUACGAGAUCCGUAUAGCUCUGGCGGAGUUCUUGAAAAUAUAUCGAACUCUAUAGUUGCUAUAUAUACACAAGAAGGUCAUCAUUGUUGGGAUAUGCACACUCCAAUGGAUAGUGACCCAGAAUGGUUGAUUGCACAACGAAUGGCAGAGAUCAAAGUCAUUGAAGGAUGGCUAGCAACAUACCCACAUCCUUAAUAUCAAUGUUAAAAUAAUAAAUUAUAUGGUGAUAAUCUAUUGUUUUCAUUAACAUUCACCAUUUAUUGACCAAAGUUAUUAUCAAGAUCACAACAUGUUACAUGUUACUCAAAUACCAUAGUGAGAGGUGGCUUCGUGUUUUAAGCGUAUAGUACAUUCUAAAAUUUUAUC